UUUGCUUCUCCAGAUCUCAACUCUUUCUCUAUCUCUCUAGCGCGCAAUUGGAAUUGAAUUCUUAUCGGAUCUUUCCGUGUUUCGCACAAAUUUGUUCACCAAUUUGAUGCAUUUUAGCUGAAUUUGGUGUAUCUAGGUUUGAAUUUGUAGUUCGGACGCUGAGCCCUAGUAGUGAUGAGUAAGAUAGGCAUAGAGCUUGUUCUAGGCUAAGCUAGAGAUGGGGUUUUUUUCUGGGGUAUCAUAGUGUAUUCGCUUGAAUUCUGAUUCGAAGAAUUUCAAUUCUCAUUGGCCUCCUUUUGCUGCUGAAAAUGGAGUCUUUAGACUAUAAAAGCCUUUGUCUAUAGAUGUUGAACUCAUGAGCCUGGUUAUGUACACUUUUCAUUGAUGGUCUGGGAGCUGCCACUUCUUAGUAGCUAGUGUUCAGGGACAUUCUUCGUCGGGGAGAAAUAUCAGCCAAGAGUGCUGUUUGAAACGGGGUCAGAUUUUGCUUAGAUUUCGUGAGUAAAGGAAUUGACUUUUGGUGAAUGGAAUUUUAAAGAGCAAUUGUGUUUGUGAGUCAAACCCCGUAUAGGAGAUACUUACCGAGGCAGGUAAAAAAAUGAGUUUUGCGUGCCUCGUGUGCCAUAGUGUAGAGAGCCCAUCCCACUCAUUUAGAAGCUACUCUGUUUCUAGCUCAGACAACGAGGGUAGAUGCUCUGUGAUUGCGAGCUGCCUCACAAGGAACUCACUUGUUCAAGCUGCUAGAUCAAACACUUUCCCUGCAUCAUCCUCGAAGGUAACCCCACAACCCAAUUUCCAAGCUGGUGAAGGAGCCUCACCACGCUUAGUACGAAGCCGUGCAGUGAGAAGAGACCUUGUCAGAGACUGGAACUUCAACGAAAUCGAGACAGAGCUUUAAAUUCAGACCUGACUCUUCUCUUAGGAAUAGUAUAUUAGUUUGUUCAUCAACUAAGCUUUUUUUGUUUUUGUAUUGGGUUUGCAAACCAAUAAUAUAAUAUUUUCCCUGGCCGUUUAUUCAA